CAAACACACGAUCGACGCUGCCACGUCAAGUGAGUCUGGGCAAGUGUGAGUGAAGUGGCAGUUUCGGCAUUUUGUAUAAAAUCGUCUUCCGCAUUAAGUGACUAGUUGUUAUAGAACCUUCGCAAAUUGAAGAUGCGUGCUUUGUUGUUUACUGUAGCGAUAGCCCUACUGGGUGCCGCGCUAGGAGACGAUGUUCCAAGCGAAGAUAAUGUUCUCGUACUCACCAAACCCCUUUUCGAUGAUGUUAUUUCUUCAAACGACUUCGUUUUAGUUGAAUUCUAUGCACCAUGGUGCGGUCACUGCAAGUCCCUUGCGCCAGAAUAUGCCAAAGCUGCCACAAAACUGGCGGCGGAAGGUUCUCCUAUUAAGCUGGCUAAGGUUGAUGCAACCCAGGAGCAAGAUCUUGCAGAGUUCUACAAAGUCAAGGGGUACCCUACUCUCAUUUUCUUCAAGAAAGGAAACACUGUGGACUAUUCUGGUGGUCGUCAGGCUGAUGACAUUGUUGCAUGGUUGAAGAAGAAGACUGGCCCACCAGCAAUCGAAAUUGCCUCCGCAGAACAAGCAAAAGAACUUAUUGCAGCUAACCCUGUUAUUGUAUUUGGUUUCUUUGCUGACCAAACCUCAGCAAAGGCUCAAGCUUUCCUGAACACAGCUAGCCUGGUUGACGACCAAGUAUUUGCCCUUGUUACUGAUGAGAAAGUCAUUGAGGAACUGGAGGCUAAGCCAGAGGAUAUUGUGCUUUUUAAGAACUUCGAGGAGCCGCGUGUCAAGUAUGACGGCGCCGAGAUCUCCGAGGACCUAUUGAAGACUUGGGUGUUCGUGCAGAGCAUGCCCACCAUUGUUGAGUUCUCACACGAGACCGCAUCCAAGAUCUUCGGCGGACAGAUCAAAUACCACUUGCUGUUGUUCCUGUCCAAGAAAAAUGGCGACUUCGAGAAGUACCUCGACGACCUGAAGCCCGUUGCCAAGACCUACCGCGACAAGAUCAUGUCCGUCGCCAUCGACACCGAUGAAGAUGAUCACCAGAGAAUCCUUGAGUUCUUCGGCAUGAAGAAAGAGGAAGUGCCAUCCGCUCGCCUCAUAGCCCUGGAACAAGACAUGGCAAAGUACAAGCCCGCUAACAACGAGCUGAGCGCAAACGCCGUUGAGGAAUUUAUUCAAUCAUUCUUCGCGGGUACCCUGAAACAACAUCUGCUGAGCGAAGACCUGCCUGAGGACUGGGCAGCUAAACCAGUGAAGGUCCUUGUGGCCACUAACUUCGACGACGUUGUGUUCGACAGCAGCAAGAAGGUCCUAGUCGAGUUCUAUGCUCCAUGGUGCGGCCACUGCAAGCAACUGGUGCCCAUCUACGAUAAAUUGGCUGAGCACUUCGAGAAGGACGAUGAUGUAGUCAUUGCCAAGAUCGAUGCCACUGCCAACGAGUUGGAGCACACCAAGGUCACCUCCUUCCCCACCAUCAAGCUAUACCUCAAGGACAACCAGGUCCGCGAGUACAACGGCGAGAGAACUCUGGCCGCACUCACCAAGUUCGUGGAGAGCGACGGAGAGGGCGCCGAGCCUGUACCCACUGUGAGCGAAGAUGAUGAGGACGACGAAGCCGCGCCAAGGGACGAGUUAUAAGCGUAGUGCCGCUUUAUUUCCAUAGCAUAGUCUUCGUAGAUUUAAUUAAUUACUGCUAAGGACCACACACACUGUUGACAAUGUCUCACAUAGUACACACUAAACUUAUAUUACCCCUCCCAAUAAGGUGCUAACUUCUGGCCGGUAUAACGAACGAUCAGUGACGCCAACAAAUAAAUCUUUCCGAAUCUAUAAUUCAUUAUGCCAGUUGUCCCCGCACAAGUAUCGCCAUCUUUCUUUGUAAGUUUGACUGCGUCGAUUUUUCGAUUUUGUCGAAUUUGAUAUAAAAGAAUAGGUGGCGGCCAAAGAACAACUGGCUUUACAGAAUGAUUCCAUAAUACAAGAUCGAAGCACCGAAAAUUCGGAACAGACAUUUGGGGCUAAACUCUUGGCGAGCGUUUGCACUUGCCACCAUCAGCUACCAUCCUUCGCACCUAUGUGGGUGGGGCAUAAUUAUUAUGUCAACUUUGAUAUUUUUUUUUACUUUCCGGUGUGUGGCAGCCCUUAUAAUCUAAUCCAGUGCAUUUCGUUUGCCCGACUGUUAAUAUAUUAUUAUUUUUUUACAUAAAUACUUAUUGUGUUGAGGUUGUAUUUCGGAUGUUGUUAUGAUGUUAAAACAUUAACUUAAUUAACAAGGAAAAUAGGAAUUAGGAGGUUUUACUUUCUUAAGACUACGACAACUAAUAUACUAUUGGGAGAGAUUGGCGUUAGUGGUUAUUUAUCUCUUUUUCUUUCUUCUCUCGUAUAAAAUAAAUAUACGUACAUAAAAAAAAGGCGGAAGUUUUCAGAACGACACAUUUUUUUCUAUUUCCAAAUAGGUUUUAUUGUAUUAAAACUGUAAGAAAGAGUUUUUUAGGUACAUUAUAUACUACCUGCAAACUCACAAGUUGGAUUUCAGGACCUUGAUCAUUUAUGACAUGAGAGUCUUAAGUUAAAAAUAACUCCGGGUACCUGAAACUGCUGCCAAUCAAUUUCCAGAAUGAUAUUUUAUAAACGUCAUUAAGUACUUUUAUAAAACUGCCAUAAUAUCUUUCAGUAUAAUCUUUCUCAUAAAUGACCCAAUGUUUUCUAGCCAUGGGUCAAGCCCACUAUCGUCAAUGCUCUCUACAACUUUUUAAUAUAUUUGAUAUUUCUACGGAAUACUCUAUUCGUCAUUUUGUAUUGUCCCUUUUCGAAUUCCUUAUAUAAUUCAAUUCAGAACUUAAUUUAUUAUUAAGAAAGCAUAAUUUAUUUUUUCGUGUAAUGAAUAACAGCAGCAUAACUAGCUUAUGUACAGUGUUUAAGUGUAUUUAUAAUUUCUGUAUCAUAAUGGCUUCUUGUUUUUAUUUACAUUCCUUAGGAGUUAAAAUCGAACAAGUUUAGUUUGCGCUAGUAUGAAAGAACGGGAAAGCACACUCUUUACGUUUUGUAAAAUAAUCUAAACAUACCAUAUUAUAUAUUUUUUUCAUCACAAGAAAAUAUUUUUAAGACGGAAUUAAACCUAUUUUGUUAUUGUAUAUUUUUCUGAUUUAGUUUAUUUUGUUAAAUAUAAAUUGGAAAGUGUGAACGGUGCUUUAUGAAAUUGGAAUCUUCGUUACGCCUAAUAAUAUUUGAUAUCUCUGUAUUUUCUACUACAAGUGUAAAUAUUCUCAUGAAUAUAGUAUUUGCCAAGUCCACACUUAUAUAUCUGUUGUGGAUACAGAAAUUGAUAAAUAAAUAUAUUAUAUAAAGA